CAUUUGUUACAUUAGUUUCUCUGGGAGAAAAAGAAAAUGAAGGAAAAUCAGGGAAACCCUCUUCACCUCAAAUCCUUGAACCAUAUCUCCCUCGUGUGUAGAUCGGUUGAGGAAUCCAUGAAUUUCUAUCAGAAUGUUCUUGGGUUUGAUCCCAUCAGGAGGCCUGGAUCGUUUGACUUCAGUGGUGCUUGGUUGUUUGGGCAUGGAAUCGGAAUACAUCUUCUGCAAUCAGAGAACCCAGAGACUUUGCCCAAGAAAAAGGAGAUCAACCCCAAGGAUAACCACAUCUCUUUUCAGUGCGAGAGCAUGGGGGAAGUGGAGAAGAAGCUGAAGGACAUGGAAAUAGAGUACGUACGGGCAAUGGUGGAAGAAGGCGGCAUCUACGUCGAUCAACUCUUCUUCCACGACCCGGACGGGUUCAUGAUCGAGAUAUGCAACUGCGAUAACCUACCGGUGAUCCCACUGGCCGGAGAGAUGGCUAGAUCAUGCUCCCGAGUCAAUCUGCAAGUGCUGCAGCGUCAGCAUUUGCACCAAGUGGUUCAACAGUAAGACUAGGCAAAACGCAGGCAUUAGCUGCUGCUUGUUGGUGCAAAUCAUGAGGAGAAAGAAAGCACAUACACUAUCUGCUUUCUUUUGUGUGAUGAUCCUAUCUACGAAUGUCUUUCUUUUUUAGUCGUUUUGUGUAAUAAAGAUGAUGCAAUGUGAUCCCAAGGGAAGUGAUCAUUUUGAUUAAUUAAAAAGUGGGUGUUUUUAUUUUAA